AUGCUGAGAGUUACAGGUGUUGAGUGGGGGUUGGUGUUUCCUGAUGCUAACGGGGAAUACCAGUCGCCCAUUAACCUGAACUCCAGAGAAGCUAGAUAUGACCCCUCACUGCUGGAUGUCCGCCUGUCACCAAAUUAUGUGGUCUGCCGAGACUGUGAAGUCACCAACGAUGGACAUACCAUUCAGGUUAUCCUGAAGUCAAAAUCAGUUCUGUCGGGAGGUCCAUUGCCUCAAGGGCAUGAAUUUGAACUGUAUGAAGUUCGAUUUCACUGGGGAAGAGAAAACCAGCGUGGUUCUGAGCACACAGUUAAUUUCAAAGCUUUUCCCAUGGAGCUGCAUCUGAUCCACUGGAACUCCACCCUGUUUGGCAGUAUUGAUGAGGCUGUGGGGAAGCCACAUGGAAUCGCCAUCAUUGCUUUGUUUGUUCAGAUAGGAAAAGAACAUGUAGGCCUAAAGGCUGUGACUGAAAUCCUCCAGGAUAUUCAGUAUAAGGGGAAGUCCAAAAUAAUACCCUGUUUUAAUCCUAACACUUUAUUACCAGAUCCUCUGCUGCGCGAUUAUUGGGUGUAUGAAGGCUCGCUUACCAUUCCACCUUGCAGCGAAGGUGUUACCUGGAUCUUAUUCCGAUACCCUUUAACUAUAUCCCAGCUACAGAUUGAAGAAUUUCGAAGGCUGAGGACGCAUGUGAAGGGGGCAGAACUUGUGGAAGGCUGUGAUGGGAUUUUGGGAGACAAUUUUAGACCCACUCAGCCACUUAGUGACAGAGUCAUCAGAGCUGCAUUUCAGUAGCCACAGAGAACAGGAAGGAGCCCUCCACCCGGGUAUGUGCGGAUUAAGUAAGGCAGUAGGCACAUGGUUAUGUAGACCUGUUGGACCAGUUACUCUUGGGGUGAUCCUGAUAAUUCAGCAAUAUGCAUUUUAUUUUGAUAACAUUUACGACACAUUCUCAAGCCCUGUUAAUUUACAAGCAAGGUGGUUUUUAAAAAAUUUCAUGCAGUGUUGAAAAAAUCUGCAAUCCUUAUAUUUUCUCACCACACUAGCUUUUCAUUCCAAAUUUUGCUUUAAUACUGGCUUUCCCAAGGACAGAGAACUGGGGCUAUGCAAGCACCCCUUCUGUACUUUUCUGUGUUGAACCCCUGGAGGAGAGUGUGAGCCUCAGAGCUGGCCCUCAUUGUCUGAUGCAGAUUUGAUGGUGGUGUUUUUGGGGUAGGGCAGGGCAGAUCUGUCGUGAAUGAAAACACUUGUCCUAUGGAAGUGCUAUUAUUUGAUAGUCAGGAAGCACUGAUUAAUCUGAAUGUGGUAUUUUCUUAUUGAUUAAACACAAUAUACACAUUGUAAUACAUUGAAUUCAAUAUAUGUAUUCCUUUCCCUUAAGGAGCUAACAAAAUAAAACCUUGCAAACAUGGAAAAGAUAAAGUCUACAAAAAUGAUUGUACACUGAAUUAUUUCUUUACAUUGUAAGUUGCCUAAGAGUGUGGACACAGGUCAGCACAUGGUAGGCAAACCACUACUUCCCAUGAGAGAAUCGUAUCUGUUGAAAUCGUUUCCUAGGUAAGCAGGGCAGAGCUGUGACUGUUGAAUGGACCAUUAGGAGUAUGUAGUCACAUACUACGUGAGUGGUGCAAUAAAUAGAAAUCUUUAGCAUCCAGGAACUCACAGUCUUAUGAGCUGGACAGUUGACACAGGAAUUGUAAAGGGUUAUCAUUCUGUCCGCGUGUUUCCCGAUCCAGUUUCCUUGCCCCUCUAUCAUUACUACCCAGUACUGCAGCCAAGCUGUCUUUUUUCUUCUGUGAAUGUGCUUUGCUCACAGUCUUUCCUGCCCCACCUUUUGCCUAUUGAAAUCCUAGCCACCCACAGGCUCAACUCAAACACUGCUCAGCAUGAAUUCUCUGCUUCUCCUUUAGAUUAUCUCUCUUAUUUCACAUUCUUUCUUCAAUUUAGCUGUUUGUGUAUUUCUUAUUUUUUGGUUAGAUUCCAAGUUUCUUAAGGGUUGAAACAUUUAUUUUACUUUGAAUCCAUCACAACACGUAACACCUUGUAUCUCGAAUGUCUAGGCAAAUUAGAAAUUCCUUAGAACCAUACAUGUCCUGUGUUCCAGUCAUUCAUUCAUUCUCAGUUCCUGUGUAAGUACAGUUCCUCUCCCUCUCCUAAUUUUGUAGAUGAUGAGGGCCAGGCAAAGUUGCCUUUGGUAGGAAUGAGAAGAAACUUUUCAUAAUUCAUAUAUGGUAACAAUGGAGAAAAUACAAGAGUGCUUUAAGCUAAGUCUUAUAGUAGAUGAGCUAAAAGAAUUAUAUUAAGUUAAAAAUCAUUAUUGAGUGCCUACAAUGUGAUUGGUUCUGGAUAUGCAGAGAUGAGAAGAACAGAUGUGGCCUCUGCCCUCAUAAGACAGAGCCUGAGAUGGGGAUUCUGACAGUGGAAAAGUAAAGACUUCAAAAUAUGCAAUUACAAAUUGUAGUAAACUCCGUAAUGAGAAGAACAAAGAAAUGUAGGGAUGGCGAUUUCCAAUAGCGGGGAUAUCUUUUGCAAAGGUCCCCAGGUGCUGCUCCUUGUAGAGGAGAUAAGAAUUUAAUGCAUUGAGGUACCUGAAUGAAGACCCCUGAGUCUGGGGAUAGAAAUCAAAGUGGAAAGUUAAGCAGUGCCCAUUCUUAGAGGGCCUGCCAGCCACGUGAAAGCAUCUUUAUUUCCAUGUUGACACAUCAAGAACUUAGGCAGACUUUACUCGGGGAGUGGCCCGACCCCCUGUACGUUUUCAGUAGCUCGCAGGGACUGGUGAGCAAAUGCACUGAUUUGGGUGGGCCUGAAG